AUGCCAUUCGCCAAAAGGAUUGCGGAGCCGCAGCUUCUGUGCAGGCACCAGAUCCCCAACGAUGAAGGUCUGCUUUUCGAGGACCUGUGUGCCAUCAGUAACGUGGUUCUGUCCCGGACCUUGCGACAGCUGUCCGACCUGGCCCGGCACGCCUGCUCCUUAUUUCAGGAGCUGGAAAACGACAUCCUUAGCACCAACCAGCGGGUCUGGGUCCUCCAGAACAAAAUAGGCCAGAUACAGCAGACUGCCAGUGCCCUAGACCCUAAAAAGGAGGCAGUGCCGGUGUCGAACCUGGAUAUAGAGAGCAAGCUGUCAGUUCACUAUCAGGCUCCAUGGCACCAGCAACACAGCAUGUUUCAUCCUUGUACCCGACCUCCGUGUCUGGAGGAGCUGCACCGAAACGCUCAACUCAGUCUCAGAGCCCUGCACCGAGACGAACAACAGCGCCAGCAGUCCACAAGUCGGGAAAGAAACAGGGUGACCAUCUCUAUCUCGGUGGCGCCCCCCAUGCCCACCUUCCCCUCACCACAUACCAUUCGCCGGCAACAGAGGAGUCGCCUGGCAAGAGCGCAAGAGAGAGCAGAGAGGGAGCAAGAGUUAGACUAUCAACCGAGGAAGGAGAGGACCGUGAGAGAAACAGAGAUCCAAACCAUACAGAGAAAAGAGAAGCCAGGGAGAGAAGCAGAUAUUCAGAAGAUCCAAAGAAAGUUUGAGUGCUUUUACUCACUUCACCCUAUUGAAAGUUGCAUCUUCAUACCAUGGAAUAGAAAGGUAUCAAGCAUUUGGGAAGGCGAAGGUGGUGAGGUCUUGGGAGGCCACAGAGCCAAGGCCUCAGCCCUCCAUGCUCCCUCGACCCAGGAUAAACAGAUGAACUGGUCCAAGGAAAAUCUCCCGCCAUCAGAUCAGAAGACAGCAGCCGAUUCUCACGCCAUCUCCUCCUGCAUCAUCCCCAUCAAUGUCACAGGAGUUGGUUUUGACAGAGAAGCAAGUGCUCGUUGCUCUCUAGUCCAUUCCCAGUCGGUUCUUCAGAGGAGAAGGAAGCUGAGGAGGAGGAAGACUAUCACAGGAAUACCCAAAAGAGUACAUCAGGACAUGGACUCAGAUGAAUCACCCGUAGCAAGAGAGCGCACAGUGAUCGUACAUGCCAACCCGCACCAACUCUCUCUCUGUCAGGAAGAUCUCUCAGUCAGUGGUCGCCUCCAUCACACUCGUGACUCUGGCUGCCAGACAGAUGAUUUCCUUAUAGCAUGUACAGCUGCCCCCUCCAGGAGGCGCAUCAGAGCUCAACGUGGCCAUCAGGGAAUCCCUGCCUCUCUGUCCCAUUCAACAGGCAACAUUUCUUCCCUGGGUGACCAGUCAGACUCCACAUACACCAGUGUUGCAGCCCACGGUGGACGCUUGCGCUCUCGUAGCCUCCCACGAGAGGGUGGACGUCUGAUGGACAGUGACGAGGAUGACGAUGAUAAUUAUGAUGAUGAUGAUGACGAUGAGGAGUUGUCACCAUAUGAGGCAGAGGACUUUAUUCCACCUGGCCCUAGUCCAAGAAUGAAGAUGAUGAUGAUGAAGGAUGAGGAAGAGAGCACAGAUGACCAGGCAGCUCCUGAGCCACUGCAACUUGGAAGCCUAAAAAGGUUGCAGCGAUCUGGGGAAAGAGACAGAGGGGGUGGAGGAGGAGGGAGCCCAGAGCAUAGCUGGAUGGAAAGGGGCCGUUCUCGUUUGCCCCGCAAAGCUGACAUGGGCAGCUGUGAGAUCUCCUCAAGUUCAGAUACUUUCAGCAGCCCUAUUCACUCGGUGUCUACAACAGGAGUCUUAGGCAGCCAUGUGGACCACAAGGAGGACCACCAGUCAUCGAGCGGGAACUGGAGUGGUUCCAGCUCCACCUGCCCCUCUCAGACAUCUGAAACCAUCCCCCCGCCCUCUUCUCCACCGCUGACAGGCUCAUCCCACUGCGACUCAGAGCUGUCACUCAACACUGUGCCCAAUGCCAUUGAUGAGGGAUUUUCCCUGGAUCCCUCAUACCACUCUGACCUCAGACCCCAGGGCCAGGGCCACAGGUCAAGUUCGUUCACAUCCUCAGCCACAGACCAGCUGGAUGAUGCAGGGGUCAGUACGGCCAGUGAGGGGGAGUGGACAUAUCCUCCAGAUCAAGACCAGACUGAUCCAGACCAAGACCCUGACCAGACCCAAAACUUGAGCCGGAGCCAUGGGUUAGCCCAGGAGUACAGCUCCAAACAACGUCUAGAAGACCAAACCUGUUUUAGUGACAACAAGACCAGCAACACUGAAAAAGAGCCUGGCUCUCAUUACCCAUCUGAUUCAGAGGGUUUUUACUCCUCUUCUGUGCAUUUUGGGGACUGUAAUCAGAGUUACAGAGGAUAUAUGUAUAACUAUGCAGAACCAGGACCUGACUGUAGUCAAUCCAACACUGUGGCAGCACCACUAUCCCAUGGAGUUUACCCCCAGCACUCAACUGACUUCAGAGCAGGUACUAUGACCCUGGGGAGGACCUGUCGUCCGCUGAGGAAACCAAAAGUCAAACCACCACCGCCCAAACGGACUUCCUCGCUGAAGGAGACCAGUAGUAGUGUUGAUGUUGGAACGGACACACAAGCAGAUCAGGAUCAACCAAAGACGGUUAGUGAACAAGAGCUUACCUUGUCUUCCACAGAUAUGAAGCUGGAACUGGAGCUAGAGCUUGGAGGCGCUCCAGAACCAUUACAGACAUCUUGUCUAGUGGCAGAGCCUUUGGGAACAUGGGGAAUGGGACUGGGUGAAACUGUGGACAUAGUAGAGCCCAUGUCUUUCAGCUCUGCAGAUACACACUCAUUUAAGGAUGAAGGUGCUGUGCAAUCUGACUAUGCAGAUCUGUGGCUUCACAACACUGAGCUGAAGUCCAACAAUGGUGAGUACACGUCUAUGUCCAACUCAAGCACAGCCACAGGCACUACUGUCAUGGAGUGUAUCAAGUCACCAGACAGCUCUUCCUCCUCCACAGAAACCCAAACCCAGGCCCUUGCCCAAGCCACAGAGACCCGGGCAACUAGUCCACCUCUCCCACCUGGAGACUUCAAACUUGGGUCACCUGAGAAGCUGGCCGGCCUGGCCUCACCAUCAAGUGGCUAUUCCAGCCAAUCAGAGACUCCAACGUCAACCUUGCCCUCAUCGUCAGCAGCGUUCUUCCCAGGACCUCUGUCUCCCUCAACUGGCAAGAGAAAGCCCAAAGUGCCCGAGAGGAAGUCUUCUCUCUCUUCCCUGCAGCACUUCCCCAGAGAUGGAGUUUCCAUUUCAUCUAGCUAUAAGAGAGACCCAGACUUCCCACCUCCACCUUCCCAACUUGAUCUCAAUGUUCUUCAUGGUGGCUAUGUCAGACACACACUAUCCCACCGGACGCACCACAUGCACACACUCCACCACAGCAAACACAGAGUUGCAAAUGUGUUAGCCAGUGGAACAAAGUUGUUGGCCCCUGAGACAUCAAAUACUAACCUUCCGCCAAGUUCAAACUUUGCUUCAACAAUUACCAGCUCCAAUCUAUUGGCGAUAACUCCAUCUGCUCUUCGUUCAGUACAGCUCCAUUCUGUUAGCCAAUCUACAGAUAGUGCUACCACUACAGACCAGGAAACAGCAAGUGGAUUAGAGACCACUACAAGACCCAAAUGUCCUCCUAGUAGUUCUACUCUGGCCCCACCACCUAUUAAUACUAGGCCUCUCCCUCCUCGUAGACCACCUCCCCGACCCCCAGCUCAUGACCACACCUCCUCCCCUGAACACUCGCAACCCCCUCCCCCUGGUCGCCACCCUGAUGGGCCUCCAUCCUAUGAAAGCCUGCUGCUCAGACAGGACCGCUAUGGACCUGGAACCUUCUGGGCUAUGACGGCUUUCAGAACCCGGAUAGACCCAUCAUCAGAACUUUCUGAAGACAGCUCACCUUUGCAUCGGCCUGUGCCACGUGCUCCCCACCCUUCGCCUGUGGAUCUACACACGCAUAUCCACUCGCACACAGAGUUCAGAGGGCUCACACACUCAACUCAUGCACACUCUGAAUUUAGGGUUUUGGGGGAGCGCUCAUUCUCCCAGGAUGAUGAUGAUGAUGAAGAUGAGGAGGAGGAAGAAGAAGAGCAAGUGAAAGAGCCGCAGAGGGCUGCAUGUUCCAGAGGAGGCAUGCGAUCGGACCACCCUCCACCCCCAGCGUAUGAGUUUGCUGGGGGAUCCCACUCAGACUCAGGGCCCUGGGCCAGUCCAAUUAAAGUGCCUGGUACCACAGUGGAGACAUCGCAUCCUUACCUAAUCAGCGAUGCAAGGAAAGGAGGACAAGUAGAGCAGGAAGAAGAGGAGGAAAUGACAUCAGGUGCUACCAGAAGUGCCCAUCAGCAGCAGCCACAGGAGAGCAAAGACGACUCCACCACUCCCGACACAGAGGAUUACUUCAGUAAAGAUUCCACACCCAGUGAUAACUCGCUUUCCCCUCUGACGGAUGACACCAAAGUGGAUGAUGACAUUAUAAUCACAUCACCCAACAAGACCCGUACAACCGAGGACCUGUUUGCCAUGAUACACAGAUCCAAAAGAAAGGUCCUGGGCCGUAAAGAUUCAGGAGACUUAAACGUGAAGUCUCGUCUCUGUCCUUCAGCACCAGUGACCCCUGGCAAUGUCUCCACCAUCAUAAUCCCACCAGCCCCUCCUCUGAACAUCCCAGCUACCUUAGCCACUGCUGCUGGGUCACAACGAGCCCCUGUGCCAAUCUACCGCAGCGCCAAGAAAUCCACCACGUCCAAUGAGGAGUUUAAACUCCUACUGCUGAAGAAAGGUAGUAGGUCUGAUUCCAGCUACCGCAUGUCAGCUACAGAGAUUCUGAAGAGCCCUAUCACCCCAAAAAUCCCAGGGGAGUCCCUUCAGGAGGGGCCCAUUAGACAGCCUGAGGAGCCCUCCUCCACACCCCAAGAGCCCCCCAUUUCUAGCCUGGACCCAAUCCAGAUACCAGGCCUUUUUCCCAGGGCCAACUCUGAGAGUUUCACCCCCAAAACCCUGCCUAUGUCAGCUGCAUCUCGACAGGGACGUUCUCGGAUCCCCCCUGUAGCCAACAGCAGUCGCUACAGUACACGCAGCCGCCUCUACACGGCCCCAAUGCAAGCCAUUUCCGAAGGAGAGACAGAGAAUUCAGAUGGGAGCCCCCAUGACGACAGAUCAUCCUAA